AUGGCCGACGAGGAUGAUUACCUCUCGGACAAGUUUCUUGUCCAGGCUGCAGCCGAGCCUGUGCCGAAAACGUAUGCUCAGAAACGCCGAGAGGCUCUAAAGCAGUCUCAAGUCAAGAAUGAGCAGAACCGAAUGAAGAGUCGGCGGCAGAUGGAGCAAGAGUCCAGGGAAGAGGGGCUGAGCAAGAGCCUGUUCGAGCGCGCACAGGAAGAAGAGAUAGCCACAGGUGGCAGCAAGGCACUGGGCAUCAUGAUGAAAAUGGGGUUCAAGGUCGGGCAAUCAUUGGGAAAGACCGAGGACAGCCCUCCAAAGAACACAGUUCCCUUACCUGGUCCUAGUCUGUCCGAGGACCAGUAUGAGCAGGGUACAUCUAGGGCUCAGUCAGAAUCUGCGGAUCUUGGAGAGGAUUUGAAAGGAAAACCUCGACACAAGGUUGAACCAUUACCCCUCAAUGAAUGGCAAGGGAAGAAAGGUAUUGGUCUAGGGAAGCGUGCCCGCUCACCCAGUGCCGCAGAUCGCCUCGCAAAGAUGGCAAAGAUGGCAGAAGCUGCCGGUCACGAAAGUUUCCGAGACCGUGCCCGCCGCGAAUACGAAGAACGGCGAGCAGAAGGACGCCUUUCCCCUGCACGACAGACGUGCCUUACACUUGACGAGAAGGCAGGCAUCACGCUCAACGUCCUCUGUUUGGAUCCUAACGAUCCCGAGUCUAUCCCAGAGGGUCUUAUGGACACGUUAUCAACCCAUACACUGCAUGUAUCACCGUUACGCUCCGCCUCAGGGGACGCCUCCCAUGCGGCACGUCUACGCGCCCAAAUGGCAGCUGAUGCCCUGUUACCGGUUACUUCAUUGGAUGAAGAUGAAGAUGCCGGCGACAGCAAAACACCCACACCAGUGGAACAAUUCCCGCAAGAAGUCAUCGAGGAAGCGAUUUACUUUUUACGACUGGGCCCGCGGGACCGCUUAAAGCUCCUUCUCGAUUAUCUGCGGGAGAAAUACUCAUACUGUUUUUGGUGCGGGACGCAGUAUGAGGAUGCUAUUGAUUUGGAACAGAAUUGCCCUGGACUUGAAGAAGAUGAUCACGACUAG